CAUUUCGACUGAACCGGCAUUCCCCAGCAGUCCUUUGGUUGAGCGGGAAGGUUUCCGUGUAACAACGUCCUCGAUACUAACCGAAAAUGAAUGAGACCGUCAUCUCGUUUGCCAAGGACUUCUUGGCUGGGGGUAUUUCCGCUGCAAUCUCCAAAACAGCUGUAGCCCCUAUUGAAAGAAUCAAGCUUCUUCUUCAGGUGCAACAUGCCAGCAAACAGAUCACUGUCGACAAGCAGUACAAGGGCAUCAUGGAUUGCGUCGUCCGUAUUCCUAAGGAGCAAGGGUUCCUGUCAUUCUGGAGAGGGAACUUGGCCAAUGUCAUCAGAUACUUCCCAACCCAGGCCCUCAACUUUGCAUUCAAGGACAAAUACAAGCAGCUCUUCCUGGACGGCAUUGACAAGAAACAAUUCUGGAGAUACUUUGCUGGCAACCUGGCCUCUGGUGGUGCUGCCGGAGCCACCUCCCUGUGUUUUGUCUACCCCCUCGACUUCGCCAGGACCCGGCUGGCAGCUGAUGUUGGCAAGGCGGGAGCGACGCGUGAGUUCAACGGCCUGGGCGACUGCUUGAAGAAGAUCUACAAGGCUGACGGUCUUAAGGGCCUGUACCAAGGAUUCUCCGUGUCUGUCCAGGGUAUCAUCAUCUACAGGGCUUCUUACUUCGGCGUCUACGACACAGCCAAGGGCAUGCUUCCAGAUCCUAAGAAUGCCAGCAUCUUAGUCAGCUGGGCCAUCGCUCAGUCUGUGACCGCGGUCGCCGGUCUCACAUCCUACCCCUUCGACACGGUCCGUCGGCGCAUGAUGAUGCAGUCCGGACGCAAAGGAGGUGACAUUAUGUAUACGGGCACCAUCGACUGCUGGAAGAAGAUCAUGAAGGAUGAGGGCGGCAAGGCCUUCUUCAAGGGGGCGUGGUCCAAUGUCCUCCGAGGCAUGGGCGGAGCCUUUGUGCUGGUCUUGUAUGACGAGUUGAAGAAGGUCCUCUAAAUUGUUUUUAUGUCCACCUAUAAAUGUUGUGAGAUGUUUAAACUGUAACAUAUCUUGUACAUUUGGAAGGACUUGUCAAAUUCCGCCUUAUUUAUAUAGGGACCAACUAGUACGUCCCUGCUAGUUGUACCGGGGAAAUUGUUUAUUUUUCUUUUGCUUUUAUUUUGCCCAAUGUUUGUUUUGUUCGCCCCUCACCAGAAUGUCAUUCCCUUAAAGUAACUAUGCCAGGACUUCAAUUGUGAAACCCUUCUCAUCCAGAUGGUCGGUUUUUAGUCAAUACUGUUAUAAUAAAAGCAACCUGCUG